UCGAAUCUAUUCGGCGCUCGAAGCCCGCCUUAUACAAAAACUGCUGUACACACAGUAACUUUAGAGACAUACAAGUCUCUUUUCCCUUCUUUUGAAGAGGUAGAAUCCGGACACCAGUGUGCACAUGAUCCGUUAAGGUCAAGUCGAAACAAAGCCGAGUCAGCCACAGCGGAUACCUUUGUAUUUCAGAGUCAAACAGGCACGGCAGCGUUUUGUUUGUAGCAGCGGAUGGCUAGCUAGCCACGUAUAGCAGGGUAGACGUUACCUUGUCAACUAAAGGGGAGCUGAUUCACAACAAAGACAUCGAGCCUCACUGUUCCUUUAAACACGGCAAUGUCUCUGUCGAUUGAGGCUAAGUUUGAGGCGAUCCACAGCAGCAGAGGUAAAGGUGACACCAUUUGCGUGGUGCCCGACCUCUUCUCUGAGCUCUUGGAAAGUGACUGUGACCUGAAUAAAUCCUACCCAUGUACUCGGAGACCGCUGCACAAGAAAGGCCUUCUGUCUUUGAGACGUCGCUAUAGUCCAGGUUCUUUAAGAGGUGAAUGUGUGAAUAUUUGCACAUCUGUGGCAGAGAAAAACCAUCAAAUUUCCAGCUUACAUCCAUGCUCCCAAGUUUCCGAUGUCAGCCUGCCGCAUCCAUCCACUGAGUUGGAGAAAGGGGAGAGCUUAAUCGGCCAAUUAAUCUCUGGAGAAUUUGACCUUCCUGGAUCUCUAUCUACCCUCAACCCGAACAAAGUCAUUCUUACUGUUGACCAUAAAACCAGACAGAUUUUGUCAGUGAAUGAACAAGCCUGCAAACUGUUUGAGUGCAACACCGAUGAGCUAAUUGGAAAAGAGCUGUCCUGUAUCCUGAGGAAAACCAGCCAGGUCCUGGAAGAUGCAUUGGAAGAGGAUUUUUUGCUUGUGGAUGGAACUGUUGCAGCUGUGUCUGGAAAAGUGAUGGAUGUUGUCACCUCGUCUGGAGAGGUGCCAGUAUCGCUGUGUACCUACAGGCAGUUACAACAUGAAGAGCAAUGUUUUGUCAUGAUGGAUUUUGUGGAAAGAAUAUCAGCCUCCCUGUCUUUUUCACAGGAUGGCUGCAUCUUAACCUGUGACUUGGCAUUUGCCCAGCUCCAUGGGUACCAACAUCCGGAUGAGUUAAAAGGGAUGUUUGUCAAAUACGUAAUCCCUUCUUUACAAAUCCCCUUCCACAGUAAUGCAUUGCCCAAGAUGCUGAGGGUUCAGAGAGUGUGUGGUAAAAGUAAAGGGGGUUCAGCUGUCCCACUGUGCAUCAAACUUGAGGGCGCAGUGACAUGUGGGAAAUCCCAACACCAAAACAACGGGACAGGUUGGGCCUGUUCAACAGAGACUCCUGAAAGAUCCGAUGUAGAAGAAGAGCAGUCUGGCUCACCUCUCAACACCUCUGAUUGCAAAACAGGAGGCUUGAAUCCUGAACACAGUGAGAAACAUCAUGGAAGAGAUCUGUCUGCUGAAGUCAGAAUGGAAAGUGUCGUCCUCUCCCCCAGUCCUACACUGGAGUAUUCUGGAAACAUUUGGGCAUUUGCACCUCUGAGUGAUCUCCUCCUCCUCCACCCUGAUGGUUCCAUCUGCAGCAUCCAUGACCACCUGGCUCUCAGUCUGUUUGGCUACAAAAAGGAUGAGCUGCUGAGAAAGAGCAUCACUUUUCUGAUGCCCGGUUUCUACGGAUGGUUGUCUCACUCGGACAGAAAGGCCAGCUCCUUCUUUGAGUAUCAAGCAGAGGCUGGCAAAAGUGCAGUCUCAUUCAAAGUAUCAGGGAAAUCUGACCCUUCCUCACUUGUGGCCGGUGAUAUGGCCAUGGUGAAUCACGCCGCCCUAGGUAGAACCUCCAGAGGGAGAGGAAGGAUCUUCACCGGAACCAGCACGAGGCUGGACAAACAGGGCGCUUUGUCUACCCUCUCUCUUCCUGCUGUCACCUCCACACGUGUGGUAAUGGCCGACGACACUGCAGAGCUGCUGGAGCAGGCUGCACAGGUGGCUCCCUGUAGUAACCAGCUGGACAAUGCUGAUACCACUCAGGCACUCCUUAAGACAUUCACCAUGGUGGAACCUCCUGAAGAAGAUGCCUUCUCUGUGGUUUUCACCAAACCCCGGCACUGUACCCAAGAGCAGCAGUCCGGGAGAAAAGUUCAUAAAAGUACUCUGCCAGGCAUCCAGCUUAUACCGGGCGCAGCCUGUCAUAAUGGACAUGCUGCUGGCAGGGAAGGUGGCCCGUUUACAGAUGCAGGCAAAGAACAAUGCUCAUGUGGGUCUGUCCGCCAAGAUUCCAGCUUUGAGGUUAUCUCCCUGGAGAGCAGGUCUUCCUCUGGUUUCUGUGAAAAGUUUCCUGGCCAUGGUGGCUCUGAUCCAGGCCAAAUGGAAGAUUCCCACUCAGCACACAUAGUAGAGUCAGCCAGCUGUUAUCUGGACCUCAACAGUAAUGGCGAUCUGGUGACUCAGGCCAUGGCUGAUCUCAACCUGAGCAGUAGUAUAGAGCUGCUCAGUGGCGGAGGAUACAAUAAUGAUAACCAACACUCCAUUACAUCCUGCGAUACAGAUGAGCUCCUGCGUACUCCCUCCCCAUGUGUGAUAGGAUCUGACCAAGAAACAGAACCUGCAGAAAGUGUGAACGCUGGUGUAGAGGCUACAAAUGGUCUAAGUGAAGUGCAAGAAGAAAAAGAUCAGGGUGAGCAGCAUCAGUGGGCUGCUCUCUCUACUAUUCAUCAAAGUAAGAGUCAGGAGUUCUGCGGGCGAAUGAAUGAUGAGAAUCGGCCCAUGAACGACAUUCCUGCAACUUCUACUCCUAAGAAACAGACAGCGAGUGGACACAACCUGUCCUCAGAUGGCAUGCAGAUAGUAGAGGGGAGAUAUGAAGGAAGUGCAUACCACAGAGAUGGCACAAGAAUAGAUGUGCAGUGCGAUGUGAGCAGGGCUGACCUCCGGGAUGGAAGCUCCAUGUUCUGUGUGUGGAUGAGCAGGCCUGGCCAGCUGGGGUCACUGUUUCAAACGAAUAAAUCACUGCACAACCUUUCAGAAACCCGUCUAGGAGAGAGGAUUGGUGAAACCAGCCAUGGGGAGGCACUGCGCUCCACCAUGGACUUGGACCAGUCUCGAGCCUGUGACGGGCAAUUUGUAGAAGAGUACCAGCCUCUUAAAGCUGUAGGGAAAGGAGCCUUUGGUUUUGUUUGGAAGGCUUUGAGGCGCUGUGAUGGACAAGAAGUGGUGGUGAAGUUCAUAAGCAAGGCCAGGAUAGUGAGUGACUGCUGGGUGGAUGACCCCAUGCUGGGACGAGUCAGCCAGGAGAUUGCCAUACUGACUCGAGUGCAGCACCACAACAUAGUCAAGGUGCUGGAGGUGUUCGAAAACGGGAGUUAUUUUCAGAUGGUGAUGGAGAAACACGGAGAGGGCUUGGACCUUUUUGAAUUCAUAGACAUGCAGCCAAGGCUUGACGAGCCACUGGCCAGCUACAUCUUCAGACAGUUGGUGGCCGCCGUCUUCCACUUGAGAACCAAGAGCAUCCUUCACCGGGACAUAAAAGACGAGAACAUCAUCAUCGAUAAAUGUUUCCACAUCCGUCUGAUUGACUUCGGCUCUGCUGCGAUGAUGGUUCCUGGGAAGCUCUUUUAUAAUUUUUGUGGCACGCUGGAGUACUGCUCCCCGGAGGUGCUGCAGGGAAACCCCUAUGAAGGUCCAGAGCUUGAGAUGUGGUCUCUUGGUGUGCUGCUCUACACUCUGCUCUUUAGUGAGAACCCUUUCUGUGGUGUGGAGGAGAUCUUGGAGGCCAAACUAAAGCCCCCGUUCCCCCUCUCUUCAGAACUGAACAGUUUAUUAUCUGGGCUGCUGUACCCUGAUGCUGCUCAGAGACUGACUCUGGACCAGCUGCUGCUGCAGACCUGGAUCAGCCAGCCCAUUUCAUUGGCAGAGUACAGCUGGACAGAGGUGGUCCCAACAUCUCGGAGCUACUUUACUUUUUAGGUUGGAAUAGAGCUUUGCCAGUUUUUUACUCUAGAGACCCAAACAGACCCCCUACCUUGGGUGCUGUUGGCCUAGCAGUUUAAGUACGCGCCCCAUAUACAGAGGCUAAAGUCCUCUCUGCAGCGGUUGCAUGGUUCCACUCCUCAACCAAUUGCUGCAGGUCUUCAACCACUCUCUGCUUUUGACAUUUUCUGUCUCUCUUCAGCUGUCCUAUCAAAUAAAGGUGA